AUGGCUGCGGAAAUUUCUCAUUUUCCCCUUUUUUCUUUUGAUGAUUUAUUAAUUGAUAUCAAAAACAAAACUUCACCUCAAAUUAUUUUAAUUUUAGACAGCAUUCACGAUCCUCAAAAUGUCGGUGCCAUCAUUCGUUCCGCAUGUGCAACCGGAGUUGAUGCAAUUAUUAUUGCCAAAACAGGACAAGCUCCAAUUAACUCGACAAUUGCUAAAACAUCCGCCGGAAGAACCGGAGUGAGUUCGCUUUUACAUCGGGCCUCGGAUUUUCGAGUGUAUUUACCAAUGAUUAACACGGAAUCUCUCAAUGUAAAUGCCGCAACUGCUGUUUUAUUGUAUGAAAUUCGAAAAAAGCAAAAUUUCUGA